ACAGGAUAAAAGAACAGGAGGAAUAGAAGAAGAUCGAAGAAACAGCAUAAUCUCCUUCACUCCAAACUCAAACAUAAGCACAAGUUGUUAUAGUUCCCUGUUCUGUUUGGUGAUUCGUGGCAGCCAUGGAGGUAUCUUUUUCAUUAUCAACCUCCACCACCUAUCUGCGUCCAUCUACAGAGGCAUUGCUAUUUAGAAGGAUUAAACUUCAUCUGGAGCUUCCAAUUUCAUUGAAUAGAAGAGAUUCGCUGUCUUUGUUGACGCGACCUUGUUGCCUGGUUCACAAAGUAAACUCUAUAAAGGUCUUAUGUAGUCAAAAGAGAGAGAUUCCUGUUGUUGAGGCCGGUUCCAUGGAUGAGAUAUAUGAUGCUUUAGCUAUACGGCUUCUUCCUACAGCACCAGCAGCGUCGAAUCCUAAUUUCAAGCAUAUUGUGGCGUUGGCUGGUCCACCUGGUGCUGGAAAGAGCACUUUGGCUUCUGAAAUAGUGCAUCGUGUAAAUAGGUUAUGGCCACAAAAAGCUUCUUCAUUUGAUUCGCAAGUCAAGCCUCCAGAUGUUGCUGCAGUUCUUCCCAUGGAUGGGUUUCAUCUAUAUCGUUCCCAGCUUGAUGCAAUGGAGAAUCCAGAGGAAGCCCAUGCCAGAAGAGGAGCUCCAUGGACAUUUUCCCCAUCUCUACUGCUUAGAUGUCUGGAGAAGUUGAGGAACGAGGGGUCAGUUUAUGCACCAUCUUUUGAUCAUGGUGUUGGAGAUCCAGUAGAAGAUGAUAUCUUUGUGAGUCUUCAGCAUAAAGUGGUCAUAGUUGAAGGAAAUUAUCUAUUGUUGGAAGAUGGGGCUUGGAAGGAUGUGUCUUCAGUGUUUGAUGAGAAAUGGUUUAUUGAUGUGGACAUUGAUACAGCAAUGCAGCGAGUUUUAAAGAGACAUAUUUCAACAGGGAAGCCUCCAGAUGUUGCUAAGUGGCGGAUAGAGUAUAACGACCAGCCUAAUGCAGAGCUCAUUAUCAAGUCGAAGAAAAAUGCAGAUUUAGUAAUCAGGUCUAUCGAUUUCUGAAAUUGUUUGACGCGAUGACCUAAUGGAGAAAGAGAGAUGAGAUCAGAUGAAUUUAUCUGUUUUGCAUCAACUUAAUGGAAACUGAAAGAGUGAAUGAAUAAAGUAUAUGGCACUUUUUUCUA